GUGCUUCGUAUCCAAGUAAACAACAUGGCGGAUGGUGGUUCGCAAAUGAUGGAUAAUCAGGCUGUUGAGGACGGAUUUGUGCACAUUAACGGCGAAACUCAUGUUCUAAACUAUGACACAAACAUUUUAAACCUCGAAGAAAAUCGAGUUGUUAGUCCAGUUGCAGAUGUUGAACCACUAAAUGACAUUUUGACUGGAACAGGUUCUGGAGAUGAGGAGGAAGAAGAUAUUGAGCUCUCACCUGGAGGAAUUUUAGAUGAGGAGACAGUUGGUCGAGGUCUGUCAAAUCUUGGUCGUUCAGCAGAUGGUGCAAAACAAGUUUAUCUACACUGUACAAUACCUGGCUUCAAUUUGAUAGAUAUUCAAGCCAUUGCAAAUUACACAGAACUACAAAAAAUUGAAAUUCCUUAUAACCAGUUGACAGAUUUAUCACCACUGAGCAACCUGCCUUUUCUGUUGAUUCUGGAUGCCUCUCAUAACAAACUGUCAACAGUGCUAGAUUUCAAACCACCAAAGAAUCUGAAAGAUGUGGACCUGUCAUUCAAUGAAAUUGAGGUGAUGACAGAUCUAUCUGCUCAUCAUUACCUCACAAAACUUAACUUAGACAACAAUAAUAUCAAAGACAUCCAAGGAUUAGAGAAAUGUUCUAGAUUGAAGCAUCUAAGUCUGGCCCACAAUAAGAUUGAGACUAUAAAAGGUCUUGAUUCACUGCCAAUUCAUUAUCUUAACCUGUGUCACAACAAGUUAACUAGAAUAGAAAACCUGGAAACAUUAAGGGUUAUUCAGCAAAUUAAUUUCUCUGGGAACAAGAUUCGCAGCUUGAAAGGUUUACAAGAUCAUGAUUUACUUGAGUGUCUCGACUUGGAAGAUAAUGAGGUUAUUGAUAUCACAGAAAUCAAGUACGUCAAAGAAUUAUCAAUGUUACGUCAGCUGAACUUGUUACGUAAUCCAAUACAAGAGUUGCCUGACUACAGACUCUCAAUUCUGUACCAGAUACAGCGUCUGACAGAGCUUGAUCGACACAAGGUGGAAGUUGAUGAAAAGGUGGCAUCAGUGAAUAUGUUCAAUCCCCCACCAGAGGUGAUUGCAGCCAGGGAUCAUAUCAUGCAUGUUGUCUACUCAUUUCUCCAACCAAGUAGAGUCUGGGACAGUACUUUGCCAAGCAUAGAGACACCAUACCCUAUGUUAGUUCUUGUUGGACCUCAGGGUUCAGGAAAAAAAGAUCUUGCUUUGAAACUGGUAGAAGAGUUUUCAGACUAUUUUGGUUAUGGCAUUUCUCACACUACAAGAAAACCACAUAAAGAAGAAACUGCAGGCAAAGAUUACCACUUUGUUACAGAGGAAAAGUUUGAAAUGGAUAUCAAAAUGGGUCAGUUUAUUCAAACAUAUCAGUAUAAUGGACAGUGGUAUGGUCUGCAGAUGGAGUCUAUAGAAUCAGUAGCCAGAGAAGGUCUUGCUUGUGUAGUACACAUGGAACUUGAGGGAGUUUUAACAUUAAAGAACACUUACUUUGAGCCUAGAUACGUCCUGGUUAUGCCUUUGACUGAGGAAUGUCACGAGAAACGUUUGAGGGAUCGAGGUAUCUACUCGGAGAAACAGAUAGAACACACCCUCGUCAGGGCAGACAUGUACAAAACUUACAACCAAAACCAUCCAGGAUUCUUUGACAUGAUGAUAAAUGGUGGUGUUCAAGGGAAGGAGUCUGUAGAUGACAUUCAGGAAGCAUAUAAGCGUUUGCGGCGUCUUGUGAUGGAUUAUCUAGGUAUAGGUGUACCUUCACCACCGCUGUCCGAUGCUGGCGACAUGGCUACAGACGUUGUUCAGCGUGGUGAUACAGAUCAGAACCUGACCACUCAGCUUGGUACCAGGACCUGGUCAAAGCCCAGUAUGUCCGAUACAAUGUCACAGUCCUACAAUCGGCCUCGUGGGGCACAGUCUCCUAUCAUCUCAAGCAGAGGCAUUGUGGAGGAAGCUUCAUUGAAGCGCCGUCAGAGUGCCGCAAAGGAUGCAGUUUCCGGAUUACCACCACCACUUCUUGAACAGUUACUAACAAGUUAUCCAAAGACAGCUCCUCAGAGUGUAGAAGGUCAGAUAGGUUUGGGAACAUGCGAGACUGCCACCACCACUGAUCCUCAUCGGUCCAUUUCGGCACCAAUUGUAAAUAAACCACAACGUCCUGGAUCAUCAGAUUCCAGUGAAAACCAGUCAAGAGCGAGUUCAAGUCUGACUGGACUAACCUCUGCUAGCGACAUACAUAGAGUCAGGUCACCAGAAGCUGCUGCUACUCAAGGAGCCACUGCACAAAAAAAUACAGAUAAAGGGCCUCAACUACCAACAGAGAUGGUCAAUCCCAUUGAACUUAUGAGUGAUACUGGGAAAGAGCCUCGACCACCAUCAGCACCUCGACCUCCCUCACAAGGGUCACGGAAUAGACCAGGGUCAGAUAAACAUAAAGUGUUACCACCUAUCAACAAUGGAAGACCCAUUGAACUUAUGUAAUUUCUAUAUUUUGUGUGUAAUUUAUAACAUUCAAGAAUUGUUGUAAAAAAUGUACAUUAAAGAUUAUGAAAUUAAAAUGUUAACAUCAUCUAACAUUAUCAGUUAUGUUUCCGUCACAAUUUAGUUUUGUACAUAAAAAAGUACAUAAAUAAAAAUAAGUAGUGAUCACUAUUAUGAGAUUUUGAAACUGGCUAUCUGUGAUUUGAAUUUCUUACAAGUCUGUUCUUUAUUACUUAUAGCAUUUGACAAAUUCUAUUAAAUUAUAGACUAAUCAUGAAAAAACAAACUAUAAUUGUAUGUAGAUUAAAUUUAUUUUGUCAGAAAUUUUGCUUGAAUUAACUGUUUAUGUAUGUAUGUUACCAAUUGUUAAAAGUUUUAUGCUUAACUGUGAUAAGUUUAUGGUAAAUAAACAUAACCAAAUAC